GGCUAGAAUGUGCAGCAGAUGGCCACCCCACCCCAGAGAUUGCGUGGCAGAAAGACGGCGGCACAGACUUCCCUGCCGCUCGGGAGCGGCGCAUGCAUGUUAUGCCCGAAGAUGAUGUCUUCUUCAUUACAGAUGUCAAAAUCGAGGAUAUGGAGGGGAGUCUACAGCUGCACGGCCCAAAAUUCUGCCGGAUCACUGUCUGCGAAUGCAACACUGACUAUACUCGAGAUGCCAUUUUUGGCUCAUCCACUAGAAGACCGCAUGGUUUCUGCUGGGGCCACGUUAGCGUUACAGUGCAAAGCUAACGGCAGCCCUCCACCACGGAUAACAUGGCUGAAAGGAGACGAGCCCAUCAUAGUAACAGACAGGCACCAUUUCACACCCGGUAACCAGCUGCUCAUCAUACGAAACGUGGUACAGGAAGAUGCCGGGAAAUAUACCUGCGAGAUGUCCAACACACUUGGGACAGAGCGUGCUUACAGCCAAGUUAGUAUCUUCCCUACUUCGGGCGGCUGUGUGUUGGAGUCCAGUAAAAUGGAGGGGACCAUGACUUUCGGAAUCAUCACCAUCGCUGUUGUGUGUAGCAUCGUUUUAACGUCUCUUGUGUGGGUGUGCAUCAUCUACCAAUCCCGAAAGAAGAGCGAGGAGUACAGCGUCACCAAUACAGACGAAACCAUUGUUCCUCCAGAUGUGCCAAGUUACCUGUCUUCUCAAGGCAUCUGUUCCAGCGACGGCACUGGGAAUACUGAUGUGGAGGCCUGUAAUAUUGGCCAUAGACAGCCGCGGCCCUGUGUAGGAUGCAACUCCGUCGAACCUUGUCAAAGAGCCAGUGGAUUGUUCAGCACAGAAAGCCCAGGUUAUGGAUACCAGGUUGUGUGUACGGACUGCUUAGAAGGCCGCGCUAUGUACACCAAGGACCCCGACUAUUGUCCACAGACAUUACCACCUCUAGACUGUUCAUAUGAAAGACCUAGGAAUGGCCACGAUGGCUACAGAAAUGGCAUUGACCAUUCUACAACACCAAACUGUCAUCAGAACCCGGGGGCUGUCAGCUACAACAAGAUGGAUGCCUGUGAAAUUGUGUACCCCAGCAAUCACGAAAGGAUUCCUUUCUUGAGUGAACACCAGACACACGUGUUGGUGUCGGAUUCACAAGGUUCACACCUAGAGCCAUUAAUCAGGUCGCCUCCUCCAGAUUUAUAUCACCAGCCUUCAGCACAGGACUGUUUUCUACAGCAAAAAUCACACUUAGCAGAACCUCCUCACCACGAGGGGGCAGCCAAAGGGACGCUGCUCUCUAAUGGACACGCAUUGACUGCCCAGCACAAGCCACACAGUGGAUCAGACGAUUCCAAAUGA